GGAUUGGAGUCAGAGGUUGCAGCUCUUGCUCUUCUCACUCCUCUGUCUCACUGGCAACUCCAAGGCAGUAGGAGAGCUAUGUGAGGACAAAGGACGAGAGACUGAGUGGGUCUUUUCAGUUUCCGGUAAUGCUGCCAUGUUGACAUCCACCCUGUUGGACCUCAACGUGUCUGACAACCGCAGUAUCCCCUAUAACAUCUCAUGGUAUUACCUAAGGACUGGGACAGAGCUGACCAGGGAGACAGGAAAGACUCUGGUGCGGGGGAAGACACUCUGGAUUUUUAACAUCACGAUGGAAGAUGCUGGAGACUAUGAGUGUGUUGUGAGACUACCAUCUGAGUGCUACAAGAAGGUUGCCUUACUGAUUGUGAACCACACCAACCCAGAAGAAUGCGGUCGACCAGAAAAGGCCCAACAGGUCCUGACCAACACAGCCACCUCUUUCCUGAACUGCCCAUUGAGUGAGCAUAUCAGGGAAGUAGACAACUACUCCAUCCAGUGGUACAAGGGCUGUGAACCCAUUGUGGAAGAUGAUCCCUUGUGGAACAGGUUUAGUUAUGUCAGUCACAGUGCUGUGGAGUUACUCCGAGUAGAAGUGGUCACCCUUGAGGAUCAUGCGUUCUACACCUGCACCAUGACCUUUAACUUGGAAGGGUUCAGCGGCAGGAUCUCAGAGACCAUCAACAGUAUGGUGGACGUGGAGUAUUGCCUGGAGCCCAAAGUGGUUGAACCUGCCAAUGAGAUCAUCAAAGCAGAUUUGGGUUCUUCCAUCAGUAAGAUGUGUCGGGUGUUUGUCCCGAGUGUGGGGAAUAAACAUUGUGCAAAUUUGAAUUGGAUAGCGCGAGAUAACUCAAUUUCCAAAAUUGUCUCAGAGCGCGUCUUUCAGGAAUCACAAAGAAUUCUCUGAUAUCGAGCAGAAUACAAGUCAAGUCGUCCAGGUCCCGAGGCAUACCCAAACCAUCUAAAUACCAUCACCAUGCUUGCCCGUUGGUAUUAAAUUAAAUGUUAUUUGUCACGUACCGAAUACAACAGUGAAAUGCUUACUUACAAGUCAUUAACCAACAAUGCCAUUUUAAGAAAAAUAAAUGUUAAGAAAGUAUUUACUAAAAUAAACUGAUGUAAAAAAUAAAUUAAAAAUGUAUAUUUUUAAAGAAGAAAAAAGAAAAUAAUGCAAAUAAUUUCAUUAGCUGUUCAGGAGUCUUAUGGCUUGGGGUAGAAGCUGUUCAGGAGUCUUUUGGACCUAGACUUGGCACCCCGGUACCGUUGCCGUGCGGUAGCAGAGAGAACAGUCUAUGACUUUGGGCCUUCUUCUGACACUGCCAAGUAUAUAGGUCCUGGAUGGCAGGAAGCUUGGCCCCAGUGAUGUACUGGGCUGUACGCACAACCCUCUGCAAUGCCUUGCAGUCGGAGGCUAAGCAGUUCCCAUACCAGGUGGUGAUGCAACCAGUGCUCUCGAUGGUGUAGCUACUACUGUGUAAUGCAGUGUUUGCUGCAUUGUUCUAUUGUAUAGUAUCUAAACUGUUGGUAUCGUAUCAGGUAUACCACUAAGAUUAAGAUAGGAUCCAUAUCCCUGAAUACAUAGUGCUUGCUUUGAAACUUCAGAACAUCAAAUCAAAUUGUAUUUGUCACAAGCUCCGAAUACAACAACCUUACCGUGAAAUGCUUACUUACAAGCCCUUAAAGCCCUUAACCGACAAUGCAGUUCAAGAAAUAGAGUUAUAUUUUCUAAAUCAACUGAAGUAAAAAAUGUAAUGAAAAGUAACACAAUAAAAUAACAAUAACGAGGCUAUAUACAGGGGGUACCAGUACUGAGUUAAUGUGCAGGGGUACAGGUUAGUCAAGGUUAUUUGUACAUGUAGGUACAGUAGGAGUAAAGUGACUAUACAUAGAUAAUAAACAGAGGGUACCAGCAGUGUAAAA